AUGAAUCUCACUUGCAAUAUUCAUACUCAGUUGCGAAAUGGACUGCACAGUUUCUGUUCGCCUUUCUUCAUCAGUUGCAAUCUUGCUGGAUUUCCUCAUUGUCUGUGCACUCGUCAUCUUUACUCUCACUUGCAACUGUCUCUGUCGCUUUUUGACGAAUCCCAAGAAGGCGAGUUGGAGCUUCUCAAAUGUAGUGUUUUUCAUGGUCGCCUUUCUAUGGUCGUCUUGAGGGCUGCUUCGACUAUUCUUUCCGCAAAAGUUUGGCUGGAUGCCCAGUGGAGAGAACCGGCACGACUCUUUAUAAACGAACAAGCUGUGAACUCCAGUCUCAAACAAACUCCAAUCUGCAACACAAGAACAUCCGGCCUUAGCUGUUAG